AUGCAUUCUCAAUCCAUCAUUUCGGUCGCCAUUGUUGCUCUUAGCUUCCUCGGUGAAGCUUCAGCUUAUUGCAACUGGAACAAGAAGACCAUCGAGGAUUGCUGCUACCGAACCAACGACACCAGAGUCAAGCAAGGCGGUUUCCUCAGCUCCCCGGAAGGAACCAUCUGCCCCGAAUCAUACUCGCAGACCUGUGGUGCCGAUUGCUGUACCUGGGGUUCUGCUCUUGGUACUGCUUGCCCUAAGUAA